GCAAGUCACUUGUCCGAACCAGCCACAAGCAAUGCCUGUCUUACUCCGAUCACGAAGCAACUCCGCCAUAGUAGACUAGCAGUAGCACUCUACCGGCCCGGAAAGAAAGAAGAGGAUUACCGGCGAAAUCUUCCUUCCUUUCUCUUACUUCCCGGCCUGGCUCACUCCACCCGCUGCCACCUUAAAGAAACCAACCGAUGCAGAUUAUCCAUCCAGCAAGCACCGAUCCGUCCGUCUAAAACCCCUGAUCCAAAGACAAAAAAGAUACUAUCGGAGUAACCAUGGGGCUGUGCGCGUCGAUGCUGCGACGGAGGGCCAAGCAGCGGCACCCGGAGCCGAGGCGCGGCACGCCGACGGCGCUGUUCGUCGUCAGGGGCGAGGGCGACCGCCGGCCGGAGGCGCUCGUGCUCCGGGUGCAGGACUCCGGCCGACCGCAGCUCCAGAAACCACCUGCUAAUGUGGCACCCAGAAGGCAGGAGAGAUGCAGCCGGCAGCAAGCCGCGGACGCGCCGGACAGGACGGUCCGUGCUCAGGCUCAGCCUCCUCGGUUGGUUAGUGCCAGUACCAGAAGCACCGCCGGGAUCGAGCCGGGUGCGCCGCUGUCCACGCGCAAGACGGCGACGGCCGGCCGAGGGGACCCGGUGAUGCAGGGGCGGUACGGGACGCCGUCGAUGGCACCACCGACGACAACGGCCUCGCCGCUGAUAGUGCCCGGGACGCCGGCGUCGGCGGCGAUGACGCCGGGGCGGCCGGUGUGGCAGAGGAGGAUACUGAUGGGGAUGCGGUGCGAGCUGCCGCGGUUCAGCGGCCUCCUGCUCUACGACGAGCACGGCCGGCCGAUGCACAUCGCCACCGCGGGCCGAAGGAACCACCGCCAGGGGAAGAAGAAGACUGCCACUGCCAGGACACCUUCCACGACAACUCUCAGGGACCUCCUAUAGUUAGUUUGUUUGUUGCGACCAGUUGACAGAGGCUGAAGGAAUACUCUGCUGUAAAACAGCAAACACAAGUCAUGUGAAUAUGUGAUACUUAUAUGAA